CCGCAUUCGACACAAACACCCCGUCAAAGGCGAGCCUCCCCCCCUCCUCCUCCUCCCACCUCGGGACAAGACGCAGCAUAUUGAACCCCGCAAACCUCGUAUCCCGGGGAAUCACCUCGCCCAACAAAUGCGCUGAGACAAGUGCGCCCCGGGACUCGAAGCUCUGCGCAGGCGGCGGCUCCGUGAUAUUCGUCAACAGGGCGAUCCUCCCAGCGCGAGUCACGCCAAACCACGUCCCGCCGCCGAGGACGUCGAUCCCUGAGAGGACAUCACCAUCAGCGCCAUCGUGCCCGAAAGAAUGGAAACGAGCAUCAAGAGUAGGUCGAUCGAGGAAUUCAUCGCGGUUGGUGCACAGAAUCCUGGGAUUCUAUUAGGGCCUAGAGAAGAAGAAGAAGAAGAAGGAAGGGAACACGCACAGAGCGUAAUCCGGAUGGUCGAGAGUCCAGAAAGCGAUACACAUAAUCAGAGUUCCCACGCCCCAUGACCCCAACCAUCGUACUCGAUAACGGCGGGCACACCAUCAAGGCCGGCAUCGGCGGCACCGACACUCCCGCCCAACUCAUCCCCAACGCCAUCGCCCGCUCCAAAUCAAAAAGCACAACCUACUUUGGACACGAACUCCUUCAGUGCACAGACCACGCCUCCCUCAGCUACCGCCUCCCCAUCUCCAAGGGCCUCAUCGUAGACUGGGACGCCCAAAAAGCCAUCUGGGACGGCCUCUUCUCCACCGACGUCCUCGGCAUCGACACCACCCAAUCCUCGCUCCUCCUCACAGAGCCGUACCACAACCUGCCCAACAUCCAACAAGUCUAUGACCAAUUCAUCUUUGAAGAAUACCAAUUCGCCUCGUACUACCGCUGCACACCCGCCUCCCUCAUCCCGCACCUCUUCCCCACCACCACCACCACCACCACCCCAUCCCCAGACUGCACCCUAAUCGUCGACUCCGGCUUCAGCUUCACUCACGCCGUCCCCCUCAUCCACGGCCGCCCCCACUCGCGCGCCCUCACGCGCCUCUCCAUCGGCGGCAAGCUCCUCACGAACCACCUCAAGCACCUCAUCUCCUUCCGCCAAUGGAACAUGAUGGACCAAACACACAUCACGAACCACAUCAAGGAAUCAUGCUGCUUCGUCUCUUCCGACUUUGCGCGCGACCUCCACACCGCCCGCUCCGCCCGCAGCCCCAACCCCCUCACGCAGGAGUACGCCCUAGCAGAGGGCCGCUUGCGCCAGCCAGGAGACUCUACGAGCAGCGGCAGCAGCCAGAUCCUCGUAAUGAACAACGAGCGGUUCAGCGUCCCAGAGAUCAUCUUCCGCCCUGACGACAUCGGCCUAAACCAAGUAGGCCUCGCAGGGACCAUCGCCCACUCCAUCUCGCUCCUCCCGGAAGACCUCCAAGGCAUGUUCUGGGCGAACAUCGCUCUCAUAGGCGGGAACACCAAGUUUCCUGGGUUUCGCGAACGACUGCUAGCGGAUCUCCGCCCACUCGCGCCGGUGGAACACGACGUGCAGGUAUACGAAUACCCCGACCCUAUAACCGCCCCCUACGACGCCGCCAUGCGCUUCGUCUCCACCCCAGCAUACAAAGACUCUGUGGUCACAAGACAAGAGUACCUCGAAAGCGGGAGCAACGCCACCCGGAGAAAGUGGAGGGUAUCAGCAGGGGAGGAAAAAGAAAAGGAAAAGGAAAAAGAAAAACAAGGUCGAUCGAAGAGCAAGACAGGCACCGCGAGAAAGAAAUGA